UAUGCUUCCCUUAAACGUUAAAACAUACCUUGACCUGAACUUUCGCCUCUGCUUACUUUGCACUUCUGCAUGUACCCCCAAAAUUUUAGGGCUGACGCCCGGCCCUAAAGCUUCUUAGGGAGCACUUCUAAACGUAUUAGCCAAGCUAGCAGCCAUGCCGACCAGCCCGACGAAGAAGGAUAAGGUCAAGGGCAAAAAGAAGGCCCAGGACCAGUCCCAAUCGCAGGACUAUGUGCCGCCCCCGCCCCCUAUGCCGGGCGAUGAGGCAUUCGCCAUGCCGAUCCGGGAGGUCGUCAAGCCGGACAACCAGCUCAGGCUCAGUGACAUAGAGCUGACUGAGGAGGUGGCCAAAAUGCUGACGGCCAAUAACCCGGCCGCUCCUAAGAACAUCGUCCGCUUCAACAUGAAGGAUAAGGUGUUCAAGUUGGAACCCAUGGUUGAGCAAACAGUGGUGCAUUACGCCACAGACGGCUGGCUCCUGCAUAAAAGCUCAGAUGAGGCGAAGCGGCAGAUGGACAUGGAGAAGAUGGAGCAGGAGGCCAGCGCACGCUUCCAGGCAGAUCUCGAUCGUGCCAGCCAUGAGCAUAAAGAGCAUGGUGACGUGGAGCCGCCGGAUGACUCCAGGCAGCUGCGCAACCAGUUCAACUUCAGUGAGCGUGCAGCCCAGACGCUGAACUACCCACUGCGUGAGCGUGAGACGUUCACGGAGCCGCCCCCAACCGCCACGGUGUCAGGGGUUUGCACGCAGUGGGAGAUCUACGACGAGUACAUUAAGGACCUGGAGCGGCAGCGCCUGGACGAAGCGUCGAAAUCAAAAGGAGGGAAGAAGCACGCAUCAGGGGGCCAGCACGGCGGGGCGAACGCAUCCAAAAGCAAUGAACACGUGCCCACGCUGCAGAGCCCCGUGCUGAUGCACUGCUUGGGCACGUUAGACCGGAUGGUCAACCAAAACAUGUUCGAGGAGGUGGCCAUGGACUUCAAGUACUGGGACGACGCGUCAGACGCGUUCAGGCCUGGGGAGGGCUCCUUGCUGCCGCUGUGGAGGUUUGUCUCAGACAAGUCCAAGCGGCGACAGGUCACCAGCAUCUGCUGGAACCCCAUGUAUGACGACAUGUUCGCCGUGGGGUACGGCAGCUAUGAGUUCCUGAAGCAGGCCAGCGGCCUCAUUAACAUCUACUCCCUCAAAAACCCGUCGCACCCCGAGUACACGUUCCACACGGAAUCGGGCGUGAUGUCGGUCCACUUCCACCCGGAGUUUGCGAACCUGCUGGCGGUGGGCUGCUACGACGGUACCGUACUGGUGUACGAUGUACGGCUAAAGAAGGAUGAACCCAUCUACCAGGCUUCCGUACGGACGGGCAAGCACAACGACCCCGUCUGGCAGGUCGUUUGGCAGGUGGACGAGGCUUCCAAGGCGCUGCAGUUUGUGUCCAUCUCGAGCGACGGCAACGUCAACCUGUGGACACUCACCAAGUCAGAGCUUAUACCCGAGUGCCUCAUGAAGCUGCGGGUCGUCAAAGCGGGCGAAACCAGCGACGAGGACCCCAUGGCGUCCGGGCCGGCUGGGGGAUGCUGCAUGGACUUUUGCAAGAUGCCCGGCCAGGAGUCCAUCUACCUGGUGGGCACGGAGGAGGGCGCCAUCCACCGCUGCUCCAAGGCCUACAGUUCGCAGUACCUCUCCACCUACGUGGCGCACCACCUGGCGGUGUACGCGGUGCACUGGAACCACAUCCACCCCAACAUGUUCCUCUCCUCGUCCGCUGACUGGAGCAUCAAGCUGUGGGACGUGCACGACUCCAAGCAUCCCGUCAUGACCUUCGACCUCAACGACUCCAUCGGCGACGUGGCGUGGGCGCCGUACUCCGCCACCGUGUUUUCUGCUGUGACGGACGACGGCCGCGUGCAUGUGUUUGACCUUGCGCAGAACAAGCUGCUGCCGCUGUGCAGCCAGAAGAUCGUCAAGAAGGCCAAGCUCACGAAGCUGGUGUUCAACCCUAAGCAACCAAUUGUACUGGUAGGCGACGAUAAGGGCGCCGUCACCUCACUCAAGCUCAGCCCGAACCUGCGGAUAACGUCAAAGCCGGAGAAGGGGCAGAAGUUUGACGACCUGGAAAUCGCGAAGCUGGACGCUGUUGUGGAGAUUGCACGCAAGAGCGAUGCCGACCUGGGGAAGAACGCUUAAGCCGUGAAUCCCGUCCGGUUCCGGGUCGGGUACUCCAGGGGUAUAUGCGGGCGACGUGGGUUUCGGGGAUCCUCUCAGUUACGCAUCAGGCGAGCGGUGAGAGACGGGUGUAAUGUUUAUUCUGCAUCAAGGCCUUUUGAUACAGCUGCAUGGGAUCAGCAUAGCGCAGCGGUGGGCUUACAAUGGUCAGCGUGAGCCGGUUUGUACUCGGCCGAGCUCUUUGAUGUGUUACAUCAGAGCUAUCGGCGUGGUUACAUGCGUGGGUGGAGAUGGGAAUGAGCGUGCCAGCUUAAAUGCUGACCGGUGUGUUCUCUUACCGGUCAGCUUUCAAUACAUACCAAGCUGGUGCUGGCACAGGGAUAGCUUUUGGAAGGCUUUCAAUACAUACCAUGCACACCUGACUGUACGGCAAACGUUUUGAGUGACCACUUGUCGACGCCGUUGGAAAAUUUGAUUAGGCACUGAUGCAGACAUGUGCUUUAGGGGGACUUAAUGUAGACCGCAAUUACCUG